AUGGCUUGUUCAACUCCCACCUCACCCAUCAUUCCCUUUUUCGAGCUCUCCAAUAACUCACCGCAGUCGCUCCGUGCGUCGCGGCAACCGCUCCCAUUUGAAGACGUCCCCAAGGACACUUUUCGCAACCUCCACUCUCGGCGCCGGCGCCGGCAGCAACGACACGCGUUUUCUAUUGGAUAUGGCUCCUCGCAGACGACAUCCUCGUCUACCUCCGACCCCACUCUCAUCGUCCAGUUUCACUCGUUUCCACCGUUUCGCAAGAAUAGCGGCAAGUUCCGGACCUGCGUCACCAGUUUCUUUACACGUGUUGCUCGGCUCGUCCGUGGCGGAACGGCCCUACUCUGGCGGUAUCUUUCAUCUCACUCACGUCCGGACUCUCCCUCCUCAACUCCGCUUCUUUCUUCUUCCCCUUCACCCGUAUCGUCGAAACAACCUGACAACGGCCAUCGAAGGUCUCCAAAUCGUUUUCUCGUCGAUUGGACGCUCGAUAUCGUGGACGAUGACCACAUCGGAGCCUACACCAAGGCCGUCCGUCUACCACAACCGUGUCUCGAUUUCCAGGUCGACACAGUCUUUAACUGCGUCACAUCCAACAUGAUGUUUCCAACACCUGUGCUUGUGCUUCCUCCCGUUAGCUGUGGUAGGUCCUGCUAUAGUGGGCCGAUGAGAUUGUCACCGCCGUCAAAGUUGCGACGGGAGACGGGCUCCAAGUCCUACGCACCGCCUCCCAUGCCCCAUCGCGGUCUGCCAAGCACAUCUAUGGGUCCGGUUGCUUUUGUCGACUGA